CUCAGGAUCAGCGGGGCGGUUCGGUUCAGCUUUUUUGGUCCCCCUCACCAUACGCGUUUUGUUCUUUUUGCUGGUCAUGGCACUCACUUUAAGAGAGGAAAAUUUUAUUGUCAUUGACAAUGGAUCGCAGAUAAUUAGAGCCGGCAUUGGCAUGAACGACACCAAUAAGCCUCCCAGUGUGAACUUGUCAAUGGCUGCAUAUAACCACCCCAUUCAACGUCACACCAUCACAUCCUGGCAAGAUAUGGAAGCAUGCUGGAAUCACAUUCUUUUCAAAGAACUGGGAUUAAAGAAAUCACGUAACGAAAGCCCUGUCUUAUUAACCGUGCCUGUGCAAUGGACCAAAGAGGAAUACGAACGCAUCACACAAAUAUUUUUUGAAGAAUUCAAUGUUCCCGGUAUCUACAUUACUCAACAACCCGUGCUUGCUUUGUACGGAUGUGGAUCGGUGUCGGGCAUCGUCAUCGAUAUCGGUGACGAAAUGACAGAUGUCAAUGUGGUCAUUGACAGCAUUGUGCAGCAGCAUUCCAAUUUCGCGAUCCCUAUUGGAGGACGACAAUUUGAUCAAUAUUUAUUGCGGUUAAUGAAGGAGGAUAGUGCGUUGGUGGAACAGAUGAAAACAGCUCAAGUCGACCUGGAUGAAGAAUUCGCAAGAUAUGUACGAGAGCAACCGGACGUGUGUGUGGUGUCGGUAGGCCAUACAGUGGAGGAGAACCUUUUAUCGAGCGAAGUGCCUUCGGCCGUUGAUAUCGCACCCACAUCAGCCACAGAAGAAUUUCUAGAUGGAGCCACCGAUGGAACAUCCAAAUUGGAAGAAGAACCUACCGAUGUUCCAGACAACGUGGAAAUAGAAUACAAAGGACACAAGUUUACCGUGGGGGCUUAUCGUCAUAAAGUGAUGGAUCCGUUGUUCACGCCUGAUUUAUGCGGCUUUGAUGCGCUUUCAUUCAAUGAUGCAAUGCGCCUUGCUGUGAUGAACUGUGAACCACCGGAAAUGCGGCCUAAAUUAUGGGAAAACAUCGUCCUGACAGGUGGAUGCAGCCAAGCGAGCCAAUUGCAGAGACGGAUAAAAGCGACGCUUCAAGUCUUCUUGCCUCGGUCCGAUAAUGCUGGUGACUCCCAGCCUAGAGUCUUGGGCUUUUUAAGGAUACCCGACUAUUUUACGGUGCUCAAAGAUCGUCAGUACCAGCGCUUGUCUACAUGGUUGGGAGCCGAAAUCGUCGCCAAGCUCGUAUUUAUUGAUGCCAAAAAUUAUAUAAGCAAAGUAGAUUAUAAUGAGCACGGUCCAUCAGUUAUCCACACCAAAAGCUUUUGAAAUGACGCUCUUUCCCCUUCAUCCACAAAAAUCAUUCAAUAAAACCUCCGCCGACCAAUCAUAAACCAUUUUUCACAGAAA